UGCGACAGCUGAACAACCUCUGCUGGAUCUUGCGUUAUGCGUAAUGAUAACAGUUUGCGUUCUGGAAAUUUCCUGCCAUUAAAAAUGACUAUUUCAUAACAUCCCAUUUGAACAAUAUCGAGGUUACCCUGUUGUAAAAUCCAAGCAAUAUAUAGGCUCUGCCAAUAAGAUGCUGUGUUGUCCCACAGUUACUCUCUCCAAUGGAUUGGAGUUACCGAUACUCGGUCUGGGGACUUCGCAUAAUGGUGGAUACUCUCACGAAGCGGUUGUUUACGCACUACAGGAGUGUGGUGUGAGGCACAUUGACACAGCUAAACGCUAUGGUUGUGAAGAAUACCUGGCGAAAGCUGUCCGAGAGAGCGGGGUCCCACGCCAGGAUGUGUGGUUGACAACCAAGUUAUGGCCUGGGGACUAUGGCUAUAGCAACACCAAACAGGCUUGCAGAGCAUCAUGUGCCAGGUUGGGAGUGGAGUACCUAGACUUAUACCUGAUGCACUGGCCUGACUGCAUGGUUCCCGGUCGAUCCAAUAGGGAGAUGAGAGCAGAAACAUGGAGGGCCCUGGAGGAGCUUUAUGAUGAAGGUUUGUGCCGGGCCAUAGGAGUUAGCAAUUUUCUCAUUCCCCAUUUGGAGGAGUUGAAGGAGGACUGCAGUAUAGUGCCCCAUGUCAACCAGGUUGAGUAUCACCCUUUUCAGCAGCCUGAGGAGAUUGUACAGUACUGUCAACAGCAGGGGAUCGUGUUUGAGGGCUACUGCCCCCUGGCCAAGGGCCAGGCUCUCAGUCAUCCUACUAUUCUCAAGAUGGCUGACAAAUAUGAGCACACCCCUUCCCAAAUUUGUAUACGCUGGAGCAUACAGAAUGGAGUUGUCACAAUCCCCAAGUCCACCAAGAAGAAGAGGAUUCUGGAAAACUGUAAUAUCUUUGGAUUUUCCCUCACAGAAGAGGACAUGGCAUCCAUCAGAAGACUAAACUGUAACAAAAAACUGAUUCACUUGAGUUACCCUGUCUGGAAAGGAUAACCUCAUUCUUCUCCAUUUAUGAACCUUAUUACAAAUAGAAAAUUACUACUGCGGGUCAUUUCACAGGAAACAAAACAAGUUAAUCUCAGCACAAUCACACUCUGAUAUUCAGAGCAAUGGAUGAAUGAGUUUUCCUUCAUAAAGUUUUUUUUUUAAAUAUCAAUUGAUUUUACCAUCAUGUUUUAAAAGUUAUGUGCAAAAGAUGCCACUGAAGUGUAAGACUGACAAAGCUAUUCAAAUGUCUGACAACCUCUCAAUGGAGUUUGACGCACAUCUCUGUACCUCAUGUAGUGUUUGUGUAUGCGGACUGCCAGAGGUUCUUACAGUGCCGUGUUUAUGCAGUGCAUUGUUUUUUUUAGUUUUUUUUUUUUAAAUAUGCAGCCCAGUUCAAAAAUGUGCUUCAAAUAAAACUUUAACUGAGGGUCAAAGUUUGGUUAAAAGCAACACCAAAGAGUUUUUUGUACCUUAAAAUAAUGUUUCCAAAAUAAUUUCAGUGGCUCAUCAACUCGUAACAGGGUGAACGGCAAUUCUGCAUUCGCGGCCCUCUA